AUGCUGAUAAACAGCCCACCCACCGGCUACAACAACCCCGCUGCGGGGCCCUACACAGCAGCCUUUGCCUUUUUCGAGGCGUUAUGGGAGGCAGGAAUUACUCAUGUGUUCGUCAAUCUGGGAACGGAUCACCCUGCAAUCAUCGAGGCAAUGGUCAAAGGCCAGAAGGAGAGGCCGAAUGAGUUCCCCCGUAUCAUCACCUGUCCUAAUGAGAUGGUUGCACUCUCGAUGGCCGAUGGGUACGCUCGCUUGACUGGCAAGCCCCAGUGCGUGAUUGUCCACGUCGAUGUUGGCACGCAGGGCCUGGGUGCCGCAGUGCACAACGCGUCGUGCGGGCGGGCUCCGGUUCUGAUCUUUGCCGGCCUAUCUCCAUACACAGCCGAGGGCGAGGUUCUCGGCUCUCGUACCGAGUACAUCCACUGGAUUCAGGAUGUGCCAGACCAGAAGCAGAUCGUUGCGCAGUACUGCCGAUACACGGGGGAGAUCAAGACCGGGAAGAACGUGAAGCAGCUGGUCAACCGCGCGUUGCAGUUCGCUACCAGCGAUCCCCAGGGCCCGGUGUAUCUAUACUGCGCUCGCGAGGUGAUGGAGGAGGAGAUCAAGCCCUACAAGUUAGACCAGAAUGUGUGGAAACCGGUCGUGUCUGGUGCGCUGCCGACCGAUGCGGUCGAGCUGAUCGCGUCGGAACUUGCCAAAGCCAAGGAGCCCCUGGCGAUUGUGGGCUAUACCGGCCGACAGGCGCAGGGUGUGAAAGAACUGGUCGCCCUGGCUGAUGCCGUACCCAACCUACGUGUGCUGGACACCGGUGGCUGUGAUAUGUGCUUCCCUGGCGACCACCCGGCAUGGCUGGGUCUGCGGUUUGGCCUCCACGAGGCCAUUCGGACGGCAGACUUCAUCCUGGUGGCCGACUGCGAUGUCCCCUGGGUGCCGACCAUGUUCAAGCCCUCGGAGACGGCCAAGGUCGUCCACAUCGACAUCGACCCGCUCAAACAGCAGAUCCCCGUCUUCUAUAUCCCGUCCAUGGCCACCUUCCGGGCCCACACGCCGACCGCGUUCCGACAGAUCCACGAGCACAUCGCUGCGACGGCGUCUCUGCAGCAGAUUGUCAGCUCCGAAGAGGCCGCCGCCCACCGCAAGAAACGGGAAGAAGACUUCAAGCAGCGGAAGCAGGAAAUCGCCCAGAUGGCCGUCGCUCCGGCUGGCGGGGACGCCGCGUCCUUCAACGGCGCGUAUCUCAUCUCUCAGCUCCGCCGGCAGGCUCCCGUAGACACCAUCUGGGCGAUCGAAGCGGUGACUCUCACCACCAUCGUGGGGGACCAGAUUGCGGCGACCCUGCCGAACUCCUGGAUCAACUGCGGCGGCGGCGGGCUGGGCUGGUCCGGCGGCGGCGCCUUGGGGAUCAAGCUGGCGAGCGACGCGGAGCACGGGGGAUCCAACCAGGGCAAAUUUGUGUGCCAGAUCGUGGGCGACGGGACGUACCUCUUCUCGGUGCCCGGGUCGGUCUACUGGAUCGCGGGGCGAUACAAGAUCCCCAUCCUCACCAUCGUGCUGAACAACAAGGGGUGGCACGCCCCGCAGAAGAGCAUGCUGCUCGUCCACCCGGACGGCGAGGGCUCUCGCGCCACCCGAGACGAGCUCAACGUUGCCUUUGAUCCCACGCCGGACUACGCGGGCAUCGCCAAAGCCGCAGCGGGAGGCAGACUGUGGGCAGGACAUGCCUCGACGGUCGGCGAACUCGCCCAGCUUCUUCCGGAAGCCAUCCAGAGCGUGAAGAGCGGCGUGGCGGCGGUCCUCGAAGUCCACUUCCAGGGACGGGGGGAUCAAUAG